AUGGCGUCACUCAACACCUCCUCCUUCUUCCACGACCCUCUUCUGCUCAGCCGGGACCUACACGUCGAAAUGCCGAUCCUCGUCGUCGGCAACGUCCGGCUCCUGCUCUUCAGCUCCACCUCCGCGCUCUUGGUCAGCAUCGCCGCCGCCGCCGUCGCCGCCGUCUUCUUGAGGAGGGAUCCGCUCGCCGCCUUCCCGGUCAUCGGGGAGGAGUGGGGAGACGAGAAGACGCGGAGGGAGAGGUUCGUGACCGGGGCCAAGCAGAUUUAUUUGGAUGGGUAUAAGAAGUUCAAGGACGGCGUGUAUCAGAUCACGACUGUGAGACAGUCCAGGACGAUUGUCAUUGCGCCAAAGUUUCUCGACGAGCUGAGGAAGCUGCCGGACGAUGUGGUCUGCAAUCAGUGUGCGGCCGAUGAGACCCUCGAAAGCAGAUACACCAAGCUCAACACCCACGAGCCCCUCCACGGCCACGUCAUGAAAACCCUCCUCACCCCGGGCCUCCGCCGCCUCAACCCUCGCAUCUCAACCACCAUCACCACCGCCGUCCACACCGCCCUCCCUUCCACCAGUUCGUGGACCCCCGUCAACGCCAACGCCGCCCUCCUCCACAUCGUCGCCGCCGCCACCGGCGCCAUCGGCGUCGGCAGCCCGCUCUGCCUCGACCAGCAGUACCUCGACGUGUCCGUCCAGUACGCCGCCAGCGUCAUGCGCGCCAUGGCGGCCGCGAGUAGAGUUCCUUCGUGGUGUAGGAGGGUCGUCGCGCCCUGGCUGAAGGAGGUGAGGGAGCUGGAUGGGUUUGUGAGGAGGGUGGAGGGGUUUAUGGGGAAGGUCAUUCGGGAAAGGCGGGAGAGGGAGAAGGAGCAGAAGGAAGGGGGGGAGGGGCAGGAGGGGGAGAAGAAGGGAGGGGAGAAGCAGGAGAGGCCGGAGGAUAUGUUGCAGUGGACGAUGGAUGCGGCGGGCAGGUUUGGGUUGGAUGCCGAGUGGAAGGUCGUCCGGGCGUAUAUGGGGUUCGUGUUUGCGGCGAUUCAUUCGACGACGGUGGUGGCGACGAAUGUUCUAUUCAACCUGGCCGCCAUGCCCGAGUUCACGGCCGAGCUGCGCGAAGAAAUCGCCAGCGUCCUCGCGCGCCACGACGGCGUAAUGACGUUCCAGGCACUACAAGAGAUGCUGAAGCUGGACUCCUUCAUGAAAGAGACCUUCCGCCUCUACCCGCUCCAAUUCGCAAACUUCCAACGCAAAGUCCUCAAGCCCUUCGCCCUCUCAACCGGCCAAAUCAUCCCGGCCAACACCGUCAUCGAAGUCCCGAGCAUGGCCGUCUCGCUCGACCCGACCGUCUUCCCCGACGCCGCGCGCUUCGACCCGCUGCGCUUCUACCGCCUGCGCACCGCCGCCGGCGCCGACCCUUCCGCCCACCAGUUCGCCACCGUCAGCGAGGACGCGCUGAACUUUGGCUGGGGGCGGCACGCGUGCCCGGGGAGGUUCUUCGCUGCGAACGAGAUUAAGAUGGUCGUCGCGGCGGUGCUGUUGGAGUGGGAUGUCAAGAUGCCGGAGGUGAAGGAGGGAGAAUGCGUGGAGGCGGAGAGGGAGUGGGAGGGGAGGAGGUGGCGGAAUUGGGAGUAUGGGAAUUUUUGCUUCCCUGUUCCUACGAGGGAGCUCUUGUUCAGGAAGAUUGAGGCGUAG